AAUUAACUAUCCUAUGGACAAGUCUUGAUAGGCGCGUUAAACAGGAACACGGAGACAUUCCGACUCCAUUCAAGAACCCCGCGACCUGAUUCAGGACGAUGGAUACGAGAAACCGUGACGAAGACGUCGAUAUUGGCUGUGACUCGGAAGACUCUUUGCUAGACGAAAAGGAACUCUUGAAUACCGACGAGAUGGACCAUUCCGACCGUCCGACCUGGACCAAGGAUGGGCAGUACUACUUUGAAGACGGCAGCUGUGUGAUAUUGAUCAAAGAUACAUUGUUCAAUGUGCAUAGGUCUGUGCUGAGCAAGGAUGGCUCGACGUUCAGUACGAUGUUCUCUCCUCGAGAGCGCCAUAGCAGUCUUGGCCUGCCCGAGGAAGGCAAAUCGGAGGACAACCCAAUCGUCCUCCACGGCGACUCUCCUCAGGAAUUCCGAGACUUCCUCUGGGCCAUGUACGCGCUGCCACAUGAACUCCGGGCUGUCACUUCUCCCACAGCCGACCUCACACAACUUAUCAACAUCGCACGAAUAUCGAACAAGUACGCUUUCAAGUCGGUGGAAACCUGGGCUCUGGAAGCAAUCCAAGACUACGUCAACCGCAAACCAUCGCCUAUCUUGAGCACCAUCCCGAGCCCGGCAACCUACACAUACUCCCCUCCAUCCGAGUCUUCUCCUCAAGACAGCACGGCCCACCUCACCCGUCUGAUAUCACUCGCACAGCUGUGCGGGCAUACACCCCUGCUCGACACGCUAGUCAACUUCCUCCGCGAACUCAUGUCCAGCUCCUUGCACUACGCUUAUCUCGCAAUGACGCUCGCAGACGAGAACAAUCUCCGAAGUCUCCGCGGGGCCGCUUACCUCGAAGUGAUGCAAAAAGCCAAGAUCGUCCCUUCGCUCGACAUCGACCUGGGCCUGCGUACACCCUCUCCCUUGGUAGCAGCAGCAUCAUCAUCAACUUCCAACAGCACCUCGGUUUCACCUCAAGCUACUAACCCUUUUGGCUCGGCCCCAGUUCAGUUUGGAGGUAACAACCACAAUACGCUGGUUGCGAUGGCGAAUGCGAUAGCACCCCUCUCGAAUAUCAACGUUCAGACGACGAUGGCAGCUUCGACCGCAGCUUCAGUACUCUCCCUUCCCGGUGCAACAUCAACUGCAUCCUUGUCCACCACACCCAGUCCAGACCCAUCCUCCAACGUCCCGCUACCUCUGACAUCCACACAGCAACUCCGGCUCCUGAGUGGGUACUACCGCCUCUCAGGUACAUGGGAACAACUCCGUCUCAGCCCUCCGCAUUUCGACCACUCGACGUCGUGUACGGCCACUUGGCACCAACACGGGUGCACGCAAUCCUGGUUGGAGUUUUGGAAGGAGAAGACGAGGAGCGACGCUGUGUUGGGGCUGGGUACGGCGGACGUGAUAGGGAGAGUUAAAGUUCUUCAGAGGGAUUUCGAUCGGUGGGGCACUGCGACGUAUAUGCACCCGGAUUGUAGGGUCCCAGCGAAGAAGGCUUUGGCGGAGGUCGUGAGGAAGGUGGAAGACGCUUUGGGGGACUAUUUCAGUGAAUCGGGAAAAUGAAGUCCUAGUUCUUUGCUUGGGAAGUCCUCACCCUUUUGCUCAUCUAUGAUCAUUGUACUUUAGUUAACUAUCACCUGUACUAUAGCUCGUAUUUCGGCGCUUUCAA